CUGAAUAUCUCUUCCUCCUUCGCCACCCACUAUAUAGUUCAUCUACCCAUCUCAUAUUCCUCUUUGUCACCUCAACUGUGCCAUAGUUGCUGUGUCUGUGUUUAACUGAGGAUUGGCUUGGAUUAGCUGUGUGAGUUAGCCUUAAUCUGUUUGAGUCACUGAGACACAGUAUAUGAGAGAAGUGCUGAGGGUAAUCACACAGUGUGCCAGACUACAGAUGGACCUUAUGUGUGAGCUAGAAAGAGUGUGAGAGAGAAACAUUAGAAAAUAAAUCCUUCUCAGACUAAAGAAUUAAAAAUGGACAGUGAGGGUGUUAAAGAACUGCAAAUUGAGGAUGAUAUGAAGCAGGAAUUGUCUUCUGAGAGAGAAGAGGAGAGUGAACAAGAGCAGGAAGAAAAGGCUGAAGAGUUUGAGGAAGAAAUGGCAGAAAUGCAGGGUGAGCAGGACAGAUGGGAGCUGAGAGAUGUAGAGGACUGGAAUGGGUUUAUUACAGAAUGUGCAGGUGAAGAAGAGGUGGUGCUGGACUGGAAACCAGGUGACCCUGUGACCUCUCAAUAUGUCCUCAGGCUACCAGGAUACACAGAUGACUACCUGUGCUCCCCAGAAGACAACAUCUACAAUAUUAAUUUCUCACGCUUCAAAAUUAGAGACUUGGAAGGUGGAUCAGUCAUUCUGGACCUGAAAAGACACUGUCCAACAGAAAUAAAAGAUGUCAUAGAGCUGGAUGCAGGGCGCUUCAUUCAGUAUCAUUUCAAACCCGCCUUUCUAAAUCUCAAGGAGAUUGGAGCCACGCUGGAGUUUACAGUGGGCGGUAAGGCAGUGAACAGGUUUCGGCUGAUUGAGAGGCAUUACUUCAGGGAUCUGCUGCUGAAGACUUUUGACUUUGAGAUUGGUUUCUGUAUUCCACACAGCAGAAACACAUGUGAACACAUCUACCGCUUGCCAGACCUGGAUUCACACACCAUUGAGGAGAUGAUCACCCACCCUUUCGAGACACGGUCAGACAGCUUUUACUUCGCUAACAACACACUGAUCAUGCAUCAUAAGGCAGAGUACUCCUUCAGGCAGGGGUUGGAGCUCAAUGAGAACCAAAGCUAAACAUUUCAGCAGAGUACUGACUAUCCAAAGAUUAGUGCUGUAUAUUUGGUUUCAUAAACCAUAAACUAUAUAAAUAAAAUAGGCAAUGUAAUUACUUUGCUGUUACUUUACUAAUAUUUGUGUUGCUUGUACAGUAAUAAACAGCCUUUAUCAGAA